AGCUUAAGGAAACUCUCCGAUCAGAGAUUCAGAAGAGAAGUAAACAAACUAGCGAUUCCUGUAUCUGGACCAUACCGACACAAACGCCAUCACCAUCACCAUCACGCCUGAACCAGAGAUACCCUUCAACUCCCAAUCGCACUCUCGCCUGCCACGGAACCUUAGGAUGGCUGUUGGCGAGACCUACUUGGGCAGCGGAGAGACGUAAACAAGAUAUCCCGAGCGAUACAACACCACGAAUCAAACCACUUGGGCAACUCGCCGAACAAUACGAUCAUUGCAAUCAGAACGAACAAUACGCACGGGACGACAUACCACUCUAACGACAAGACGAGAACAGGGGAGACGGACGCAAUGUCGAUCAGGAUGCAACAGAGAAAGUUGACGAUCGAUACGCACGUCGCGCAAGAAGGGUACGGGGUCGCGACGGCCGAGGGCAUGGCGGCGGGGACGGACGGGAUGGUCGAUAUGAAAGACUGGUUGGCGAGGAGUAACCCGUCGAGCCCGGUCGCAUCCCCCAGUACGGGGAUGGCAACGGGGACGAGCACGUCGGCUAGACCGAUCGAUCUGUUGUCCUACCUCGCCUCGGCUAGCCCACCGCCUCCACCGCAGCACGUCAAUGGCCAACAACCUAUCAGGGCUCAAUUUACUCGACGUGAAGAUCUAGAACAGACGAUGAUGAGGGCUGCACAGGCUUCCGCCGGAGCGGCGCCGACCAAGUUGAAGAAGCAACGUUCGGCUUGGAACCUCCGGACGGGCGGAAAGGAAUCGAACGAGACUACCGGUGUCAACACCAACACGCCCGCGACGAACGGGUGGGGCGGGUUCGUGAAUAGGUUGAGGUCGAGGAGUAGCCAUAACCUCAAGGCGGACGUUGCCAGGGAUGCAGCGUCGACGAGGUCGAGGAAGCCGAUGCCACCUUUGCCCGUGUCUGUGACCAGAGGGUACCAGAGCGCGACGGUACCUACAAAGGGUACUCAUUCGGCCGUUGAAGGAGUCACAUCCCGACCAGGAACGUCUCAAGAGGUCUACCAACCAAGCCACCCACAAAGGGUGUCGCUCGGGGAUGAUCUCGUCCACCCGAACGAUCGUUCUCGAGCGGGUUCGGCCGCCCCCUCGGCCAUGACCUAUACUUCGGCUUCUUCCUCUUCGACGAGCGGGUGGAGCAGCAGAUUUCCCACUCCGGCCGCCACUCCAAUGACGAGUGAAGGUGACGUGAGGGUAGAGGUCGAUCCCUUCGACUUGACAAGCCCGACGACGGAUAUCUUCAAUUUUACUGAAUUGGGAUUCUUGCGAGGUUCGGAUGGACGGCACGUGUAUGAAGAAGAAACGCCAGGAGGAGGUAGGUAUAGCGUCUUUGGGUUCGGAGGAAGCGCAGAGUCCAAGUCGAUCGGAAAGAGACCGUCCACGAAGAGGUUGGGAAGCGCGAGGAGCUUGAGGGACCUCAGGGCUGCUGCGGGGGGGUUGUUUGGCGGAGCCGAUCCCGCAUCGGCGGGUGGGACGGACAGGCGAGAACAUCAUCAACUCGAAAGAGGAUUGCCAUCUGCACCUCCCUCGGCAACGUUGAGGUAUAGACGUUCAGCGGCCAAGCUCGGUGGCGGCGCUGGGGACAGAGAAGACGAAUACAAGACCGUACAAAAACGGAGCAGUAUGAGCUGGUUGCGCGGAACAUUUGGACGUAAAGAAACGUCUGGUGCUGGACAAGAGGACGGAGCGAAGAGGACGAUCGUGGAAAGGCCUAGUAUCGAAGAAGCGGGCAAUGUCAGUCCUAAGCAGGAUCGAGUGACGACACCUCCGGUGAUGACGGCUGUGGUCCCGGAGCAGGUGUUGCAGACACCCGUCCAGAGGCACAAAGUCAGACCGGCAUUGACCAUCACUUUGCCCUCGAGCAACUCGCUAGGUGGACCCAGACCUGCGAUCCCAUUAUCACUGAGCGACGAACACGUUUCCCCGGCUGCAACGGGAGACAAGGGCAAGGCCCAAUCGCCAGAACAAGAUGAAGCGGUCUCGGCGACCACCUCGUUGCCAGCCAGUACCGGGUCGUUUUCCGACUUGUACGCGGAGUUGGGAAUCAUGCCGCCUGGGGAGAGCGACGAGGAGAUGCCGUACAGUCCUCGUGUGGAGAGACCAAUCGACGCGUUCUCUUUUGGAGACAUUCUCGCUUCGUUGGGCGGGACUCGACCGAUCGAGGUGGCUACACCGGACAAGACCAACAGCGUCGUUAUCGGAAAAGGCUCAACCGGGACGUCGACCGUUAGCUCAGGGCGAGAGACGAAACGGAGCAGUUGGAGAUCGUCCAGGCAUUCUAUCAAGCCGGCCAGCGCGCCCCCGACCGCCGAUCUUCCGCCGUUGCCAACUUUGGCGCACUUGCAGGCGGGCGAACAGUCGAACGAGACAGAGCAUGAUGCGCCUUUAUUGUCGUCCCCGCGCACGGGCUCACAGGAACAACCGCUCAGUCCACGUUCGGUUGACUUGUCGAGCGGCAUAUCAUCCGCGGUCGAACUGGGCUUCGAACCUAUCCAACAUAUUCGAAGCUGGGACGAGAUACGGGCCGUUGCACCGGAUGCUAUGCGUAUUAGUGACGGGAGCGAUAGCGCGGACGUUACGCUGGUCACAGAAACGGAGACUGAUCUGGAUACAAGCAUGGACUAUGGGAUCUUGGACACGUAUCAUGAUGCGGUCGACAUGACUGGGGCGGUCGGCCACAUUACCUGCUCGGCCGGUGGUUCGGGAAUUGCUCCCAGCGGAUCCGGCAGCACUCAGCAACCGUCGAACGGGGCGGAUGAGGCUGUUGGAUAUUCACCCACCCAGAUCGUGCCCAGGGGACGUGAGUCGGCUGAACCUCGUAGACGUGGCGGACCGUCGAGGUCGCGUUCUAGCUCUCGCUCGCCUCGACGAGUCCCCGCACGAGCAGGUUCGCCGGCGUCGCAAGAUGGAACAGAUGACGAGAGUGACGGGUCAGAUGGUAGCGAUUCGGAUGAUGCCGGGGAAUCGGGUUCGGACGAUGAUGUGCCGUUAGCUCAACGUAUCCCGGGCGCACUUCGUGCGCAAAGGACCCUCCGACGUGUGGCCAAACGCGACCCCAAUUCAGCGGCUACGCCUCGAAAAGAUAAGCGUCGACCCAGAAUCGACGGGCGGGACAAUCCACACUGGCAAGGAGAAGGCGGGGUACCUGCGCGAGCUUUAGAGCAAAAGUUGCUGGCCUUGUCUGACUCCAGGAACACCUCUUCCCCUGACACCUUCGUUCCUCAUCAAUACCGUUCAACCAGUGUUCGGGUGCCUCGACCCCCCGCGCCAUCGCACCAAACCAGCUCGAGACAGGUAACUCAACCGGUCGUGCAGAGCGGCACGCAAUCGGACCUCUCGAGACAUGCGAGCGUCAAUAGAUCCGCUUCCCGUAUGCGACACCAUCGCUCGGUCGAGAACAGUCCCGUGCUCGAAAGUGCUGGAUUCACCCCUGUAUCGUACGCCAGCAGUAGGAGCCAGACGCCCGGCAUUCCACCCGUGCCUGUGCCCAGACUUCACAAAGCUCUUCCUUCCGGCCAUCAACACAUUGAGGCCGACUCUUCUGGAAAAGAAUGGCUUGCGUCCCGUAGCCCCUCCCUUCGCAAGCCAGACAGGCGGCUAAGAUCCGGUUCCACCUCUGAACAUCUGCCUUCUUCCGGGACUUCCUCCAAUAUGGUAUCAAGGAAACCUUCUUUGGCAGGAGAACGUGUGCCCUCAAGAAAACCAAGCGGCACUCACCCUUCCAUGCCAACAUCACCGCUAGUCGAUUCACAUAUAUCUGCACAACCCCCGUUGAGCGGUGCAUCUCGACAGCGCCAAGCGUCUGGAGACAGGACCGCCAUACCAACACUCUCCGAGCAGGUCGUGGUCACCCGCCAAGCGGUCUACCUCGAAUCGAUGCAAGGCGAACGAAAGAUGGUCGACUUGAAGCCGACCACUACGGCUGCAGAGGUACUCGCUCAAAUUCUCGGAUCGACCGCGAGUCAAGGCUUCAUGGGAGAUUGGAUCCUCUUUGAAGUUUUCGGCGAGUAUUUUAACAUGGAACGACCGAUCAGAAGCUUUGAAAGCUUGGUCACCAUCAUGAAAGGUUGGAAUGCCGAUUUCCGAAAGAACACAUUCUUGGCCAAGAGGUCUCCGUUGGACCGCCUGACUAGGGUAGAGAUGAUGCCACGUGUACAACCUAUGCACGGAGUUUACGUGCAGCACGAGACGAAGCGAGGCAAGUGGAGUAAGCGAUGGAUCGAGCUCAGGAAUGGCAACGUGUUUGUAGCAAAAAACGACAGGGGCAAGGAGAGCGACUUUUUGUGCAGCUGUGCAGCGUUUGACCCAUAUAUUCUCCACGGCAAUGGGUACAAGGGUCCCAAGCCUCUGGUCGUGGUGCUAAAGUCGCGCGAACCCGCUACAUUGUUUGAAUCUCCGGGAGAUUAUCUCCACGUAUUCUCGUUAGACUCGGCGCCCGGCAUUCAGCUCAUGGAAGCGCUGUUCACAGCCAAGGUAUGUGAGGGAUGCGGACCAGAAAAGGCAUCGAAGGGCUGACCGUGUUCAUAUAGAGCUGUGCAAUGAUUCAAGCUGUCAACACACCAGCAGCAGCAUAUGCGCCCGUCGCUCACCCAGCGUCUGCCAUUCCCGAACGGAAGCCCCAACAACCGUUGGUGGAUUUGAAACCGACAGGAGUAUU